AUGUCGCCUUCUGCUGACAGCCCAGAGAUCUCUAACUCGGCCGACUCUACGGUUCUGAGCUUGAGGAAAUCCGUCUGCUCCGAGGACACGCCCCUCCCUAUCCGAUUCCGCGCUCUCUUCUCUUUGAAGCACGUUGCGACCACCUCGGACGAUGAUGCCACCCGAGUCGCAGCCAUCGAGGCUAUCGCCGCCGGCUUUAGCUCGCCUUCCGCCCUUCUGAAGCAUGAACUCGCAUACUGCCUCGGUCAAACUGGCAACUCUGCUGCCGUCAAGCCUCUCCGACAGGUUCUCGCCGAUCUGAAGGAGGACCCCAUGUGCCGCCACGAAGCCGCCGAAGCCCUUGGUGCUCUCGGAUGGGCAAACAACUUGGACAUUCUCCGUGAAUACAGAGAUCGCAAAGAUGAGGACAUCAGCAUCAUCGAGACCUGCGAGAUUGCCAUCGAGCGUAUUGAGUGGGAGAAUUCAGAGGAGCGACAAAAGGAGAAGUUGCGCCCUAGUGACUUUGCCUCUAUCGAUCCUGCGCCCCCGAUGCCUGAGUCCGACAAGGAAGCAGAGGUUGAAGAGCUUGGCCGAAAGCUCAUGGACACAAGCGCACCUCUCUUCGUCCGUUACCGUGCCAUGUUCGCCCUGCGAGACCUGGCCUCGCCCCCCGACCUGCCAACUGCUGUCCCCGCUGUCCUCGCUCUUGCCAAGGGCCUUGCCGAUUCGUCCGCCCUAUUCCGCCACGAGAUCGCUUUUGUUUUCGGCCAACUUUCACAUCCCGCUUCUAUUCCUGCCCUUACUGAAGCGCUGAGCAACGUCAACGAGGCCAGUAUGGUUCGACACGAGGCGGCCGAGGCACUGGGAAGUCUAGGCGAAGAAGAGGGCGUUGAAGAUACUCUAAGAAAAUUCCUCCACGACAAGGAAAAGGUCGUUCGAGAGAGUUGCAUCGUUGCGCUCGAUAUGGCUGAGUAUGAGAAGGGUGGAGAGGCUGAAUACGCUUUGAUCCCCGAGUCGGCAGGAGCUGCUGUGUAA